GUUAUGGUCACACUGCUCCCGCUCUGCACUUGCUAUAUAUUCCCUUCCCAUACGUGCACAAAUUAAUUCUGUUUUGUAUUCCCGUAAACGUUCUCGUCGUCACGUCGCUGCAGCCACAGCAACAACACAAGCCACAAACAAAAACAGAAACAAAAACAACGAAGAUAAAUCGAAACGACGCAGUUGUAAUUUGGCAAUGUUAUUGCUCUAGUAAAGUGCAACCACAAGCGGAAAAGCAGAAACUAAACCAACAACAGAAUGCAGCCCUUGCAUCAACUGCUGCUGCUGACGUCGCUACUCCUGGUGGCCGGCGGCGGCAUUGGGUUCAUCCCCCAAGUGCUGGGGGCUGAACCGGAGGAGGUCAACAUUGUCCACUACCAGCCGGAGCAAGUGCAUCUGGCCUUUGGCGAGCGCACCGCCAGCGAGAUGGUUGUUACCUGGUCAACGCGCAGCCUGCCGCCGGAUACGGCCAGCAUUGUCGAGUACGGACUGAUAGUGGCCGGACAGGCGCCCUCCUCCAGGCUCAAUCAGCGUGCCCAAGGCACGGCCACCAAGUUCGUGGAUGGCGGCCGCAAGCACUCCACGCAGUUUAUCCACAGGGUGACGCUUAGCCAGCUAGAGGCGAACUCCUCCUAUGCCUACCACUGCGGCAGCGCCCUCGGCUGGUCGGCCGUCUAUCAGUUUCGCACGGUGCCCGACGCCGAUGCAGACUGGUCGCCCUCGCUGGCCAUCUACGGGGACAUGGGCAACGAGAAUGCCCAGUCGCUGGCCCGCCUGCAGCAGGAGACGCAGCAGGGGAUGUAUGAUGCCAUCAUCCAUGUGGGUGACUUUGCCUACGACAUGAACACGAAGGAGGCGCGCGUCGGGGAUGAGUUCAUGCGGCAGAUAGAGACGGUGGCCGCCUACCUGCCCUACAUGGUGGUGCCGGGCAACCACGAAGAGAAGUUCAAUUUCUCCAACUAUCGGGCCCGAUUCAGCAUGCCGGGUGGGACGGAGAACAUGUUCUACAGUUUCGAUCUGGGACCCGUGCACUUCAUCGGCAUCUCGACGGAAGUCUACUACUUUAUGAAUUACGGCGUCAAGACCCUGGUCUUUCAGUACGAAUGGCUGAGGAGGGACCUGGAGCAGGCCAAUCUGCCUGAGAAUCGGGCGAAGCGUCCGUGGAUCAUCAUCUACGGCCAUCGGCCCAUGUACUGCAGCAACGAGAACGACAACGACUGCACCCACUCGGAGACCCUCACCAGGGUCGGCUGGCCCUUCGUUCACAUGUUCGGACUGGAGCCGCUCCUCUACGAGUUUGGCGUGGAUGUUGCCAUCUGGGCCCACGAGCAUUCGUACGAGAGACUGUGGCCCAUUUACGACUACGAGGUGCGCAAUGGAACGCUCCGGGACUCGCCCUACGAGAAUCCCGGGGCGCCGGUACACAUUGUCACUGGUUCGGCUGGCUGCAAUGAGGGACGCGAGCCUUUCAAGGGCAAAAUACCCGAGUGGAGUGCUUUCCACAGCCAGGACUAUGGCUAUACCCGCCUUAGGGCCCACAAUCGCACCCACCUGCACUUCGAGCAGGUCUCCGACGACCAGAACGGAGCCAUCAUAGAUCAAUUCUGGCUAAUCAAAUCGAAACACGGCAGCUAUCUGAAUCAGAACUGAAGGCCAGGGCCUCGAAACCAAGCUGAACGAGUCUCCGUCAACCGACAACCGGCCAACAACCUGAGCACAUAUAGCUAGAACAUUUAGUAGGAAUUGUAGGAUAACUGGCAGUAUUAUUAGCGCACAUUCACAAUCACAAAUCAGGAAUUAGCUUUACCUGGCGGCUGUAACAUUUCCCCAUUCCCCUUCGAGCCCAGAACAAACAACAAACUGUAUUUUAACUAGACAUUUCCAAUGGCCCCCAGGCAAUUAUGUGGACACUACUUUUGCAUCAAAGUGCAUUUAGUUUUAAUAUCUAUACUAGACAUAAAUAUUUACAUAUGUAUGUAUAUAUUCUAAGAGCCCCGGUACUCGCAUUGAUAUCGGAACAGAAGGUGGAGGGAGCUAGCGCUAAGUUAUGUUGUUUCUCUAUAUAUUUUAAUUUACCUUGUGAGCGGCAGAAGCUCCUUUGUCCGUCUGAAUUGUGUAUCAUUUAUGUACACGUGUUGUGUACAUAUAUAUAUGUAUAUAUGAUGGACUCUUAUG